UACGCCGUAUCGUACGUCUUCCCCGCCGCCGCCGCCGCCGCCGCCACCGAAUCACUUUGACGCCGCUGCGUAGCCGAAUCGAAACGCGCUGCUCUUCUCACAAAUCCUCACGCCGCGAUGACGGAUGACGGGACGGUCGAGAAGGAAAAACACAUGAAGCAACUGAAGCGAAAGAUGGAAUGCUGGCGGGAGAUAAUCCUGCCAUUAAAUUCCAUUCUCCUGUGGGAACGUAGCUGGCAUCCCGGGCUGAUUGUUGGACUUGUGACAGUGAUAUUCUGUGCUAUAUGGAUUUUAGAACCAGCUCUGUUGACAAUGAUAUCCUUAUGUCUGCUGGUAUUUGCCCUCGUCGAUUAUCUUGUGCCAAUUUUGACCUCAGUCUUGUGCAACGCACAGAGUUGGACUGGACAGAAGGAGAAGAAAUUGAUUGAGAUUUGUCAAAAUCUUUCUUCUACCAUAUUGCAAGUGCAAGGAGCAUUGGCGUCUAUUUCAAAAAUUCGACAUGAUCGUCCAAAUAUUUAUUACAGCGCAACAAUACUCUUUCUCAUUCUCUUCGCAUGGAUCGGUAAUACGGUCAACAAUUUGCUUUUGCUUUACGUCAUAGUGAUCGCAGUUCUUCUUACGCCAGGAUUUAGACACAAAGGACGAGCGCGCUGGACCGUGAAAUAUGUAUAUAAUCAAUUAAUUCGUCGUCAUUUAUCAUAAUCGUUUCGUACGUAUCUCGUGGUCACCAAAACUCUUUGUACCUUUAAUUCAUAUGCUCUCUCGAUAUAAAUCUCUUCAUAAUCCUACAAUAUUACAUCUACGAUUUUACAUGUAUAUUCGUAACGCGUGUGUAUUUGCGCGUCAGUUUCGUUCAAAGAAAAGUGUAGUCAAAGUGUUCCGCUUUUAAUGAGAUUAUAAGAGAUUAGUAUAAUGUAUAGUCCUCUAAGAAAAACAGAUACCACUACACUUUAUCGAGUGAUAUUUAAUAUUGUAUUUGUCAAUGUGAUUUUAUAUUUUACGUAGAUAUAAUUAAUUAUAAUAAUCAUAAGUCUGCCGUAGUAUUACGUUACUUCCAAGAAUUAAUAAAAUUGUUCCGUCUUUCACCAAUCUUAGUUUAAAUUAUUUUAUUUAGAAUUAUGUGCCUAGUUCUAUAACUCUAUGACUUCUCUACAAAAUAAGAUAUAUCUGUUACGGUAUAUUGUAUGAGUAAAAGUCCUUUUAGAAAAUGUCAAAUAAAUCAUCAGGUUUAAAAA